AAAUAGAAAAGAAAAAAAAAGUUUUUGAAGCGACACCACUUCUCUUUCAUUCUUCCCCCUUCUACAAGGCUAUCUCCUUGCUGGAUGUGGUUGGAGUUGGUGAAAGAGCAACUCAAUCAUCAGCCAUGGAUCCGGACUCGGAGAUAAUCUUCGACUUCCCGCCUUUCCUCUGCCUCUAUAAGAGCGGCCGCGUCCACCGCCUCAUUGGCACCGACUACGUCGACGCCGGCGUCGACCCCGCCACCGGCGUCGUCUCCAAGGAUGUCCUCAUCGACGUAGGCACCGGACUCUCUGUCCGACUCUACGUAUGCUGUCCCUCCGCCUAUACCAGGCGCCCUGUCCUCUUCUACUGCCACGGCGGCGCCUUCGUCAUCGAGUCCGCCUUCUCCCCCACCUACCACGCCUUCCUCAACAACCUCGUAUCCCGGGCCGACGUCGUUGCGGUCUCCGUCGAGUACCGCCGCGCGCCCGAGCACCCGCUCCCCGCUGCCUACGACGACGCCUUCGCCGCCCUGAGGUGGGUGACCUCCCACGCCUCCGGCGGCGCUGAAGCCUGGCUGGCAGAGCGCGGCGACUUCGACCGGGUGUUCCUGGCCGGCGACAGCGCGGGGGCUAACAUCGCGCACAACAUUCUGGUGCAGGCGCGGGCGGAGCCGCUGGGGGUCGAGAUCGAGGGGCUGGCGCUGAUCCACGCCUACUUCUGGGGCCGAGACGCGGUGGGAUCGGAGCCGACGGAUCCGGCCUUCCGGCAGUGGCUGGAGACGACGUGGGGGUUCGUGUGCGGGUGGAGCGCCGGGAUCGAGGAUCCGCGGCUGGACCCGUUCCGGGACGAGGCCUCGCUGAGGGAGCUGCCUUGCCGGCGGGUGCUGGUUAGCGUGGCGGAGAGGGACUUGUUCAGGGAGCGAGGGAAGGAGUACUACGAGAGGCUGACGGCGAGCGGGUGGGCGGGGGAGGCGGAGCUAGCGGAGACGGAAGGGGAGGAUCACGUCUACUUCCUCAGCGAGCCUAAUUGCGAAAAAGCGUCGGCGGAGAAGGCUCGCCUCGUCGCUUUCCUUACCCGUAUUUCAUAAUCAAUGUUCAAUCAAGAUGUUGGCAGUUACUGCCGCCGAUUUCAUUUUUCCUUUUGUCCUUUUGUUCUUUUUCCUUUUUCCUUUUGUUAACCGUCAAUGCUAUUAGGAAUAGCUUGUCACUGAUGUCAUAUUUGCGUCUCUAUAAUUGUGUUUAUAUCAGUUCUAUGGAGGUAAA